GAUCAGAGCAGAGAGGCAGUCUGAUGUUUAAACUGUUGCACACAGAAGGUCUCUGCUGACAGUUCACCACCGGAGCUUCAUCUGAGAGGACUACUUUAUUUAUCACUGCAAUCUGGGAAGCAAAAUGAAGCGAAGCCACAACUACAGCUCAUCGGAAAGCGACCUGGAUGACAAUGUUGAGGUGGAGAAGGACAGUGGUGACGAAAAUGGUCAACUUGAUUCUCACGGCUCGAUGUCACCCUCCACAACCACCCAAGUUCAAGCCAGGAAAAGGCGCAGAGGGAUUAUUGAGAAAAGGAGACGUGACCGCAUCAAUAAUAGUCUGUCAGAGUUGAGAAGACUGGUGCCAAGUGCUUUUGAGAAACAGGGAUCAGCUAAAUUGGAAAAAGCAGAAAUUUUGCAAAUGACUGUGGACCAUUUGAAGAUGCUUCAUGCAUCUGGUGGCAAAGGUUUCUUUGAGGCUCAUGCUCUUGCUAAGGAUUACCGCAGCCUGGGCUUCAGGGAGUGUCUGGCAGAGACAGCUCGCUACCUGAGCAUCAUAGAGGGUCGGGACGGUGCGGACCCCCUCCGCGUACGUUUGGUGUCCCACCUCAGCAGCUACGCCUCUCAGAGGGAGGUGCACACUGGACUGGAACACUUAGCCUGGGGCUCUGCCUACGGUGCUGGUCCUGCUCAUCUCCCCCACCCCCUCCUCCUACAACACCCCCAGGGCAGGACACCUGCAUCCAGGAGCAAAAGUAGCCCACCCUCCUCCUCCUCCGCCUCCUCUUCUUCCUCUACAUCUUCCUCCCCCUCCACUGAGGCAUCUGGGACAUCCAGACUCGUCGUCAUGCCCCCCGCAGAGACCCUCAGGGUGCCUCACAACGGCUCGCUGGCCCUCAGUCUGUCUGUGCCAACAUCCAAGCUUUCGCCACCACUCCUGUCAUCCCUCUCCUCGCUGUCGGCCUUCCCCCUCUCCUUCGGUGCUUUCCCUCUGGUGUCCCCGGCGGCCCUCGGCACAGUGAGCCCCUCCUCCACCCUGUCAAAGCCUUACAGGCCGUGGGGCACAGAGAUUGGGGCCUUCUGAAGCUAACAACUGGACUGAAGGCAACAGCUGAGCUGUGCCCACCACCGCAGGACAACCUGACUCUGUUUCUAUAGCAAUAAAACAGGGGAAACAAAGCAAACUGACUUUAUUUUAUUAAAUAUAAAGAAUAAGUGGGAGAGGUCGCCCUCAGUAUGUCGUAAUCUAAAGAGAGGAAAUGAUUUUAUGUUAUUCAUUGACUAAUUUAGUUAACAUGCACUGUCUCUAUAGGUUGAGGAUAUGACAUAUGGGCCAUGAAUAGAUUUACUGUAAGACACACAAAUAUAGAGGUUAUAUUUUAUAGACCACAUACUGGAACUUCUACAGUUGUCGAGCAUGGGAUGUCUGUUUUUAACAUAAUGUAGAGUUACUUAAUUCGGCCUGUUUCUCUAGUGUUAUCAGUUGAAAUGAAUAAGCAUAUUAUAUGUGCCAUUGUUGGAAAACUAACCACUUGAGAAUUAGAAACUUGCAUUCUUGUAUCUAUUUGUGAUAUUUUUGUACCAAUAAAUUGACUUAAAAGUAUAAAACGUGGAUUUAAACCAAA